UAAAGUUCAUCAGAGUCCCAGCACUUCUUCAGAACAAGAUUCUAGUAACGUGGAAUCAAAUGAAGCAUCUAGUUUCUCCACCUGGAGUGAGGAAAACAUCUCCGUAACAGACAGAAACUCUUCAGACAGUAGCUCCUGCACUAAAGAAGAGUCUGAGGCACGUAAACCAGUGAAGAGAACAUGCCAUUCUAGUGGUGUGGUGAACGAACCAUCUGAUUUGUCCAACUUAUGUGAUGAAAACAACCCGGGGACUGAGAUCAGCCCUUCAGACGGCAACAAAGAGAAGAACAUCCAAACAGACUCUGGGGCUCAUUAUCCAGCUAAGAGGAUCUGUCAGAGGGUGCAGAGUGCUUCACCAGAGGUUGUGUGCAGUAGGGUGACUACCCCAUCAGCAGCUCCAAGCUCCACACACGUCAUACCAAUGUCUGUAGCCGACAGUAGAAGAUCUAAGAAACGGUGUUGUCGGUACUGUGGAAAGGCUUAUGUUAAAAUCGCGAGACACGUGCGGAUUGUGCAUCGGGAUGAAGUGGAUGAGGCCAAGGCCUUCAGCUUCAGAAAGAAGUCCAGACAGAGAAAAGUCUUACGUCUUCUGAAUAAAAAGGGAGGCUUUGUGCGUAAUGCUGCCGUAGCAAGACGUGGGAGUGGAGAGAUGGCCUCCUGUUCCCGUCCCAAAGUGCUAGGAUCUACUCCAUGUUACACCCACUGCUUGCACUGUCAAGGUCUGUACAUUCGAGAGUCACUACGGAAGCAUGUCAGAUACUGCCCUCUAAACCCCAAAGCUGAAAAACCAAAACCUGGACCAAAGAUGAGGAUUCAGUCAGCAAUGGCGUUUAAGAUGUGUCCUCAACCCGACUACGUCAGCACAGGUCUUUGGAAGAUCGUUUGUGGUAUGAACUCCGACCGAGUUUCAUUUGUGGUGAGAAAUGACAAAUGUAUCCUCCUCAUGGGAGAGGAGCUGUACAACAAACUACAGCCAGAUGACAGAAGAAACGGAUACAUUCAGCAAAGAAUGAGAGAGGUGGCAAGACUCCUCAUCACGGCCAGGACGUGUACACCUCUGAUGUGCUUUGAGGACUUGGUCAUACCUAGUAAUUUACCUCACGUCAUCACGGCAGUGAGAGCUGUUGCUGGCUACAACGUGGAGAACAAAACGUACGACCGUCCGACGCUGGCUGUUCAAAUGGGAUACAACUUAAUGAACAUUGGCAGCUGUGGAAUCCUGUGCAUUGACGUCAGGACGACACAAAGUCGCGGAGUCUGCUGGCAAAUUCAAAAGUUUCAACUGGAAUGAGGUUGUUUUGGCUGGAGCAAUGACCACUCUCAGUGAACCCCAAAAUAAAUGUCCACAGCCGACCCCUGUCACACAGGCGCCUGGCCAGCCGACCCGUCGCACAGGCACCCAGCCGACCCGUCGCACAGGCACCCAGCCGACCCGUCGCACAGGCACCCAGGCGACCCGUAGCACAGGCACCCAGGCGACCCGUAGCACAGGCACCCAGAAGACCCGUAGCACAGGCACCCAGAAGACCCGUAGCACAGGCACCCAGAAGACCCGUAGCACAGGCACCCAGAAGACCCGUUGCACAGGCACCCAGAAGACCCGUUGCACAGGCACACAGAAGACCCGUAGCACAGGCACCCAGAAGACCUGUAGCACAGGCACCCAGAAGACCCGUAGCACAGGCACCCAGAAGACCCGUAGCACAGGCACACAGACGACCCGUCGCACAGGCACCCAGGCGACCCGUAGCACAGGCACCCAGGUGACCCGUAGCACAGGCACCCAGGCGACCCGUAGCACAGGCACCCAGGCGACCCAAAGAAACAUUGUGAGAUUAAAGAGGAUCGUUGAUGAGGGAGCAGCAGUAGAGAGACACAUAAUGCCGUUCAUAAAAAGUUACCAAGUUCCUGAAAAGAGGGACAGCCUCAAAUGCCUCCAGUCAGAACCUGUGGAGCUCAAAAGCAGAAACUGGUCGGGCAUUAAGUUCUAUGUGAAUAGAGUCAAACAGAGACGGAGUGCUGCAAGGAAUUCAGAGGGCAGCACCCCUGACCUGGACUCAAACUCAGGUCCAGAGACUGGCAACCCAACACCUUAGCCAAACAAAAUGUUAUUGUUCUUUGACUCAAUAAUUGGUGCAUUCUGGGUGUGCUAUAAAGUUCAGAAGUUAUGGGCAGAGUUAGAAAUCUGACUGUCAAGAGGUUUUACAAUGUAAGUUUACUUUGAAUCCGUCUAUAUGCAUAUUUCAAGACAUGGCAUAUGGGGGUGCCUGAGUUGGACAAUAUUAUUUUACUUAAAUACUGGAAGUGAAAUUAUACUCCAACAUUAAGAAAAUGGAAGAAUCAAACAUUUUAUUAUUUUAAAAUAUUGAAUACAAUCUUUCUACAGACAGAAACAUGACGAUUUGAAGUCGUGGGAAAAUGGCCCCCUUUUUUAAACUUGUUUUUCAACCCCUGAGAAACACCGUUACUGAAGCGUCCCUGGAGCAGACUUGGGAUUCAAACCAGUCACUUUCCAGUUGCAGGUCUGCCUCUCAGGACAUGAUCAAUUAAAUGUUACCUGGUUAAACCAUUUACUACAACUUCUACAUUACAAACUGUUUUCCUUAGCUCGCUGAAUAACCUAGUGUUGGACUACGGUUAGCAAAAAUCACAGGUUUUCCACAAAUCCUGGUUGAAAUGUUCACAGAAUCAGAAGGGGUUUUAAGCAUGAAAUCCGGAAUCCUCCAUCCAGGAUUUCCGGAAUACCUGUGAGUUUCGGGAGAGAUAGCAGGGUUUCCGGAAUACCUGUGAGUUUCGGGAGAGAUAGCAGGGUUUCCGGAAUACCUGUGAGUUUCGGGAGAGAUAGCAGGGUUUCGGAAUACCUGUGAGUUUCGGGAGAGAUAGCAGGGUUUCCGGAAUACCUGUGAGUUUCGGGAGAGAUAGCAGGGUUUCGGAAUACCUGUGAGUUUAGGGAGAGAGAGCAGGAUUUCCGGAAUACCUGUGAGUUUAGGGAGAGAGAGCAGGAUUUCCGGAAUACCUGUGAGUUUAGGGAGAGAGAGCAGGAUUUCCGGAAUACCUGUGAGUUUAGGGAGAGAGAGCAGGAUUUUGCAACCCCAGUUGGGCUCUAUUAAAGUUACUAUUGAAUGAUCAUCUUUGUGAAAUCUUUAUUGAUGGAGCUGAAUACUGCUUCCUACAUGGUCACUUUUAUGAUAGAAUUGGGCAGGACUCAAUCAUUUUGCCAUUAUAGAGAGAUAUAUAUAUAUUUGUAACAUCCCAAUUUAAUGUCUGGUGUAUUUCACAUUACUCCACAACUUCAUUUGGUGUCGACUUAGGGAGAUAGGCUUACAAUAUGUGCCAAUGUUACCCUAAAUUACUUACUUUUAUUUUCCACA